CCACACACAAGCUCAGAGAGAAAACACUGAGAAACCUUUCACAUCUGCUCAUGAGAGUGAGAUCACUGCCACACUGAAGUCAUGGAGAUGUUGCGUAAGAACAAGGUGUUUCUCAUCGACACUCUGUCCACCGACUCCAGCAUCGUUUUACAGCACGUCCAGAAGGACGAGAUCAUCACCAAGCGUGACUACAACAAUCUCAAACAUCCCAACUACACAGGAGAGAAGAUCAUCAUCGACCUCCUGGAUAAUGUGAUGGGAAAGGGUGAUGAGACGUGUCAGAAACUUCUGAAGCUGUUGGGGAAAGAAGAUUUUCAGGAGAUAUUUCCUCAGCUGAAGAAGUUCUCCAUAACUCAACAAACACCUCAACAAACAUCUCAUCAACCAUCUCAUCAACCAUCUCAACAAACAUCUCAGCAACAGUCACUCGAAGGUCGAGUGAAGGACGCUGAGGAGAUUUCUGAAUAUAAAAUGUCCAGUAGACCUCGUGGUGUUUGUGUGAUCAUCAACAAUAUGAACUUUGGUGACCCUGAUAUGUACAGACAUGGAUCUGAUAUGGAUAAAGACGCUCUUAGUAACGUGUUUGAUUGGCUGGGUUUCACUGUGGAGGUGCACAAGGAUAAAACCGCUGAGCAGAUGAAGGCCAUCCUGAAGACACAUGGCCAAAAGCAGCAUGAAGGUGACUGUUUUGUGUGCUGCAUCCUCAGCCAUGGCACCACUAAUGGAGUUUAUGGAACAGAUAAAACAUUAGUUUUAAGGGAUGACAUCUACAGCCCAUUUGAUGGAGCUUCCUGCCCGAGUCUAAACAACAAGCCCAAAGUGUUCUUCAUCCAGGCCUGCCGUGGGAAACUGUACCAUCCAAUAGUCCAAUCUGAUGCCCACAAUGAAGAGAAUGCAGGAGAAGAAACAGAGGAAGAGGAAGAAUUAGACACAGAUGUUGGAGAGGUCAUCCUGAAUGGGAAAGAUUUCUUCAUGGCAAGGUCGACUAUAAAAGGGUACUACUCACUGAGAUCCACAAUAUCUGGUUCCUGGUUCAUCCAGUCUCUGUGUAAGCAGCUGCAAGACUUCUGUCCACUGAAUAAAGACAUCAACUUCAUCCUUAUGAAGACCAAUGAGGAAGUUAGUGGAGAAACUGCUACAAUCAAAGACAAAAACUUCAAACCGGUCCAGCGCAGAAAAGUCAAGCAGAUGCCGAUCUAUAAAUCAACUCUGACCAAGAUUCUGGUGUUCAGACCUGUUCACAACUAACUUCACUUUACACAACCAGUUCACAGGAUCAGAUCUUUAUUUCUAUUGUAGAGACACUGCAUGUAUUCACUGGGCCUCAGUUAUAAAAAUGGAUGUAGGUUUAAAUCAUUUCUACAAGUGUUUACACAAUAAAUACAUUAUUCCUGAAAAUCCGUGUCGUCCUCGUGUCGUCCUCGUGCUCCUGAGUGUGUGUACAUUUACUCAUCAGGAGAAUAAUUCAUAUAAACUUCGACCUGAUCACCUUCAGACCUUCUCCACACAUUACUGCAAGCUUCUAUCUAACAUUCUGUAGAGUUUCAGUGCUCAUGUUUUUUACACUAAAGUGUUUAUCAGACGUUCUGAAGAGCUUCAGAGCCUCGAAACAGAAACACAUCCACGUGUAAAUCACUCGAUUACAAACUAAAAGCACAUCCAGAACUUUUAGUAAUAAACAGUUACGUUUACUAAAUAAAGAAUUCAAUGUAAAAAGGAAUCUGGCAUUUGUCUGCUGUCACGUUCUAAACUGGGAAAAAUAAAAUCACUAUUUGUUUA